AAUAUCUACUGAUUAUUACAUCAUUCCUGCAGCCCAUUCUGGCCGUGGAUCACGUUAAAUCGUUUGCUUCCAUGUCAACGACGGUUGUAGGCCAGAGGCCGGCUCCUCAUCGCCCUUUCCGCGGUUUAGUUCAAGUGGGCUACACUCCUUCACGAGCUACACCCCCAGCCACGCCUGUUGAUGCGACGACAACGCGUGAGGAGGCGCUUCUUGCAACUUCCGUCAAUGGAUGUAUUACUGGUGUCAGUCAUAUAAAACCUUUCUUCCUACCCCCUCGUGGUCAAGGAGAGGGAAAUCAUGGCUCUGUGGAGAAAGGUUUGGGCUACGGGGCAUUCGGAGUUGUUUGGUCAGUUAUCGAUCCACGUGAUGGUCAAAAAGUGGCACUCAAACGCAUACCACGGGUUUUUCAUAAUCCUAUUACAGCUAAACGUGUUCAUCGGGAAUUAAAAAUGCUCUCUUGUCUUAAACAUGAAAAUAUUGUAAAUUUAAUCGAUGUAGUCAAAUCGGAAAGUUAUUUGAAUUUCGAAGAAAUUUACUUUUUGUUUGAAUUAAUGCAAACGGAUCUGCACAAAAUUAUUGUCUCACCACAGCCAUUAUCUUUAGACCAUGUGAAAAUAUUUGUUUAUCAAAUAUUACGAGGUUUAAAAUAUCUUCAUUCAGCUCGGAUUAUACAUCGUGAUAUUAAACCAGGAAAUAUGUUGGUCAAUUCGAACUGUCUGCUAAAAAUAUGUGAUUUUGGUUUGGCACGAAUUGAUGAUCCAUUUGGAGAGGCUGUUCUUACACAAGAGGUUGUUACACAAUAUUAUCGAUCGCCGGAACUACUUAUGGAAGCAACACGUUAUUCAUAUGCCGUAGAUAUUUGGAGUGUUGGAUGUACUUUUGCUGAACUAUUAGGUCGACGUAUUCUAUUCCCAGCUCGAAGUCCUUUAGAACAAUUAGAACUGAUUAUUAAUCUUACUGGAAGUCCUAGUCCUGGAGAUUUAGAAAGUUGUCAUCCAGAUGCAUGUUGUUUUGUACUUUCAUCAAGGUUACGUGAUCCCAAUCUUUCUAUUCUUUAUGCUCUUACACCUGAUGUGAAUGAAUUAACUGUUCAUCUAUUGGGUAGUAUGCUCAAAUUCAAUCCGCGUCAGCGCAUUUCUGCUACCGAUGCAUUAAAUCAUCCAUUUCUGGAAGAAGCACGUCUACGUUAUCAUUCAUGUAUGUGUUCUUGUUGUCAUGAUGUCACAUUGAACUCUGUCAAUGAUGAUAAUGUUCAAACAACAGCUGGAUUUUGUUGUGCUCCAUCAUCAUCAGCCUCAUCAUCAUGUGCUUCAUCAUCGACUCCGUCGUCUGAUUCAAUACAAAGUAUUAAUGGAAAAUGUGUGCAUAGAUAUGAAGCGAAAACUGCUGCUAAUGCUAUGCCAUCAGGUAGUGGGAAUUCAACAUUUUCUUCUAAUGCUACUAACACCAGUGGUCCUACACCUAGAAGACGUUAUUUUCAUGAUCUUGAUCCAAUUUGUUCAAUUCUACUUCCACUUGAUUUAGAUUCAGGAUUUCGUCGUCUCUCCGAUGCUAAACGUGUUUUAUGGGAUGGUAUACAAGAAUAUUAUCGUCGAGAUGAUCGGUUAACAAGGGUUGUGCUCAAUCGAAAUGCUGCCAAUUACAACAGUUUUAUUAAUUCUUCAGUUGCACAAGCCAAAGAAAUCCCUGCUAGUCAUCGUUGGCAUUAA